CUGACUCCUAGCAACCUCAGCCUCCAUAGCAACAGAUAGGAGUCUGAAACAAAUGUUCUUUGCUCAGGAAACACAGAGUUUUAACAGUUUUUUAUAUAUACUUUAAAACAUGGAAAGCAACACCGAUCCAAACAAGCCCAAACGAGUUUUUAUAAACGACGUGGACGAGUUUUCCUCCAGAAACAUCGCGAAGUUUUUAUCCAGGUGCGAGGCGGGAAAGACGUUCGAGGAGGAGGAGGAGGGAGAGGAGGCGUCGGAGGAGCCGUCUGUUCGGUUUCAGGUCGUGGGAACCGUCAGCUCGUCCGCCUGUGGAGAAGAAACAGCGUUUCUGCGCGAACUAUACGUGUCCCCGACCAGAGACGAUCUCUUCCAGCUCCUGCUGGAGUGUGACGUUGUGGUCUAUAACGUCUCUGAAAGUUCUUCGCCCCAGCAGGUUGAUGAAGCAUCGUGGGCUGUUACAGCUCUUCACGAGGCGGCCGAGAGCUUCAAAGCUCAGAAAAUGUUCAUCCUGGUCUCCUCUGUGAUGGGAUGGGCCUCGACUGCCCCUAAGGAUCCGAGUAACAAAGACGAGCUGCCGUCAGAUGUGGAGUUUUGGAAAAGGAGGCCUCACCCCAGAUUUAAAUCCCUCAACACUCUGGAAAAAGUUGUGAUUCGACUGUCUAAAAUGAAGUCCAAGCUGAAGUGUUACGUCGUAGCUGCUGGUCUCCAGUAUGGACUUGAGGAGAACAUCUUUCACUACUUUUUCAAGGUGUCUUGGAUGUUGGAGACCCCAGAGGUUCCUGUAUUCGGACAAGGAACAAACCACAUUCCAACAAUUCACGUUUUUGACCUUGGAGGAGUGAUUCAGAACAUCAUUCAACUGAAGCCAAAGUCCAAGUACUUUCUUGCCGUCGAUAAGUCCAAGGAUACUUUGGAGAGCAUUGUGGAGAGCAUAAGCGACGUCCUCGGGUUCGGAAGAGUCUGCAGGUUAUCCAUGGAGGAGGCUGUCGCUAUGAAAGCUUUGAAGCCACAGGAAACGGACCGUCUAAGCAUUGACCUCCACCUCGAUGCCGCUAAUGUGAACCGUCUCCUGAGCCUGAACUGGAGGUGUCAAAGUGGUCUGGUGCAGAACAUGGAGAGCAUGGUGCAGGAGUUCAAAGACAGCAGACAGCUGCAGCCAAUCAGAAUCUGCCUUCUCGGCCCCCCGGCUGUUGGGAAAUCCACCGUCGCUGAGAUGAUCUGCAAACAUUACAAGAUCCACCGCAUCAGCACAGGAAAGAUCAUCAAGGAGAAGAUCUCCCAACUGAAAGAGACGCUGUUUAGAUCCCAGACUGGAUACUUCAGUGCAGAAGCUGCAGCUGCAGCACAAGAAGAACUGGAGAAGAUUAACCAAAGCAUGGAGAGCAGUCAAGGUCAUCUGACUGAAGGUCAAGUUUUUAAGAUUUUGCAAGACAAGCUGAACUCCAAGCCGUGCAGGAACCAAGGGUUUGUUCUGGAUGGUCUUCCUGAGACCUUCAGUCAGGCAUCCAUGCUUUUCUCCACUGAAGAUACAGAGAGUCGGGAUUCAGACGUGGAGUCCAGAGCACCAGGAUACAACAAGAUCAUCACUCCAGAUUACGUCUUUUCCCUGGAGGCGUCCGACGACUUCCUGACUGAACGAGUGCGUGAUCUCCCACAGGGCGGGGCUGAGGAGGCUCAGCUGGAGCAGGAUGAGCUCCUGUCUCGUCUGUCCAGGUACAGACGGCUGCAGGAGGCAGAGGAAACGGUGCUGGACUUCUUUGAUUUUCGUGAAAUCCAUUCGGAACACAUCGAGCUGAGUGCCGAUGAUCCGGAGUACGUAGGUGUUGUGAAGAGGAUCACAGAGGUGGUAGGACUCCCCAAGAACUACAGCAGGAGUUUCGAGGAGCACAAGGAAGGAGAUCCUCUAAAGAAGGAGGCAGAGAGGAGGCAGGUGCUGGCAGCAGAGAGGAGACGCAGGAAGGAGGCUGCUCUGGCUGAGAUGGCUGCUCAGCAUGAGGCGUGGCAUAGAGGCAUGCAGGAGGUGCAGCGGCAGGAAAAGGAGCGGCUGGAGGCCGCGGCUCUUCCCCUGAGGAUCUACCUGAUGGAGUUCGUGGUGCCGACCAUCACAGAGGCCAUGACGCAGUGCUGCGCGCUCAAACCCGACGACCCAGUCGACUUCCUGGCUGAGUUUCUGCUAAAGAACGAAGAGGAGUGAGAAGAUCUGCUGCAGCGCUUACACCAAAGACUUUCCAAGAGACUUCUAAUGUUUUAAUCGGUAAAUUUUCUCUCAUUAACAGAACCUCGUUCAAAUGUUCUUCGUUGUUUGUUCCACAGAAAGUGAUUUAGUUUAUAAUCUCUAAAACUUCAAGAGCAUUCUUGAAAUCUGAAGACCCAAAAAUGUAGAAAACUGCUGCACUUCACGCUGUCGAACAGCAGGUGGUGCAAAGAGACUUUUCUAAAGCUCCACAGUGGUUGGUGUGACUGCUGACUGAUGUGUUCUGGUGGUGCAGUGGUCACCUCAUGUUCUGUAAACCAGCGUCUGCAGACAGACGCCUUUUGUCCUGGUGUUGUUCGACGCGUUUCAAAGGAGGAAUUCUGCGGUUCUUCAGAACAAGCUGCCGACUGUCUGCGGAUCCCUUCAGGACGGAGACCUCUCUCCAAAACAGAGUAAACACCAAGAAUAGAGGAUUACAGAACAGCUGUAAACACUCAGAAUUACAAAGAUUUAAACAGUUAGUCAUAAAAAAGAACACUGUCGCAAGAAAAGUCAAAGAUAUAAUCCAGUUACACAACCUUCACACCAUCAACGUUAAACAAGCCGAGUUCCCAAACUUAUAGAAAUGAGGCGUCAGGAUUUCCUGCACAUCUGGAUUUAUUCAUUCAAGUCUUAUGAAAUAUUAGUUUGUUUGUCAGAUUCCUGCUGUAUUUGUCUUAAAAGAAUAAAGUUAUAACUAUACAAAACUAA